AUGGCCGCCGCAUUCGAAAAUCGACUUUUCAUCGAUGGAGAAUUUAGAGAGGCACGAUCUGGUAAGACCUUCGAGAUUUUCAACCCUGCAACGACAAAAUCGAUUGGUGUCGUGUACGAAGCAGGGGUUGAAGACGUUGAUGCAGCUGUAGCGGCUGCUGGUAAGGCAUUCGAAUCCUGGUCGGAACUUCGUGCGGCUGAGCGGGCUCAAUGGCUACUCCGCCUCGCGACCAAGCUCGAGGAAGAGAUCCCGGAAAUGACUCGCCUCGAGGCUCUGACUAUGGGUAAACCAGUCCACAAUGAGUUCUCCGUGCCAAUGGGAGUCGAGGUACUGCGAUAUUUUGCCAAUAGGGCACCUGACGUACAGGGUGAGACAUCACUAAAUGACCCUUCGUUAUUUGGUAUGACGAUACGUCAACCUUACGGGGUCGUGGGCGCUAUAAUCCCCUGGAACACUCCCAUGCUAAUGCUUAGUAUGAAAAUCGGUCCUGCACUUGCUACUGGAAACACAAUGGUGCUCAAAAGCUCUGAGAAGAGUCCACUUUCAUGCCUAGUGGUUGCACGCUGUUUGGCCGAUAUUGGAUUCCCACCUGGAGUGCUUAACAUUUUGAAUGGGUUUGGUAGACCUUGCGGCGAGGCGAUUGCGAAGCAUAUGGGUAUUCGCAAAUUAGCAUUCACGGGAUCAACAAUAACAGGCAAGGCAAUAAAAAUCGCCGCCGCGCAGAGUAACUUGAAGAAUGUCACUUUGGAAUUGGGCGGAAAGUCGCCCAUGAUCGUCUUUGAGGACGCUGACUUGGCAAGAGCAGCUUCAGAUGCCGCGGCUAGUAUACUCGCAAUAUCUGGACAGGCUUGCAUGGCUAGCUCUCGAAUCUAUGUCGAGGAGAGUAAAGCAGUGACUUUUCUGAAAUUGGUGACAGCUGAAGUUACGAAAGCGGGCGUAAGUGGCGAUCCGCUUGCUGAAGGUACCUGUCGGGGACCUCAAGCCGACCAUGUUCAGUAUGAUCGAAUUUUGAACUUUCUCGAUUUGGCAAAGGAAGAAAAGCUUCACGUUACCCUUGGUGGAGCACGAGAAAAUAAAAUCGGUUACUACAUUCAGCCAACGAUCAUAUAUGAACCUCCAGAGACCAGCAAACUGGUACAAGAUGAAAUCUUUGGACCCGUCCUGUGUGUCUCAACUUUCGCGAACGAACGAGAUGUUAUCCAGAGAGCGAACAACACAGAAUAUGGACUUUACGCGAGCGUGUACACAAAUGAUCUAAAACGAGCACUAAAGAUAUCGAAAAAGCUACAAGCCGGAACUGUCGGCGUCAAUGUCACAAGUCCUACAGUGUCUCUCGAUCUCCCAUUUGGUGGUUGGAAACAGAGCGGAGAGGGUAGAGAGUUGGGAAAACAUGCUUUGGAGAGCUGGACAGAACUGAAGACGGUUUUGAUUGGAAUGUGA